AAACCCUAGCUGCUCAUUUUCCCAAAACCCGGAUACCACCGGCCAACUCGAACCCACCCCCAAAAUACAGCCUUUUAGUUGAGUUUGAUUAUUUUGAAGCGAACAAAGCUCAAGCUUUUUUGUGGGUGGGUGUUUGGAGCCUUUCUUCAAUGGCUCUUUACUUAUUGUACGAGUCAGCUUCCGGGUAUGCACUGUUCCAGGCUCAGGGCCUCGACGAAAUCGGCCAGAACACAGAGGCCGUUAGGAACUCGGUUGCGGAUCUGAACCGGUUCGGUAAGGUGGUCCAACUCACUGCUUUUCACCCCUUCGAGUCCGCUCUUGAUUCUCUCAACCAAUGCAACUCUGUUUCUGAAGGGCUUAUGACUGAUGAGUUAAGGAGCUUUUUAGAGCUGAAUCUCCCUAAAGUCAAGGAAGGCAAGAAGUCCAAGUUCAGUGUGGGAGUUGCCGAGCCUAAGCUUGGUUCCCACAUCUCUGAGACAACUAAAAUUACAUGCCAGAGUGGAGAGUUUGUUCUUGAGCUUCUUCGUGGUGUGCGAUUGCAUUUUGAUAAGUUUAUCAAGGACCUAAAGCCUGGGGACUUAGAAAAAGCUCAACUUGGUCUGGGCCACAGUUACAGCAGAGCAAAGGUUAAGUUCAAUGUCAACCGAGUUGACAAUAUGGUUAUUCAGGCAAUUUUCCUUCUUGAUACUCUUGACAAGGAUAUCAAUUCCUUCUCCAUGAGAGUGAGGGAAUGGUACUCUUGGCAUUUUCCUGAGUUGGUAAAGAUCGUCAAUGACAAUUAUCUCUAUGCUAGAGUUGCAAAGCUUAUAGAGGACAAGUCAAAGUUGUCUGAAGAACACAUCCCUGCCUUAACUGAGAUACUCGGGGAUGAGGACAAAGCCAAAGAAGUUGUAGAAGCUGGCAAAGCAUCAAUGGGUCAAGAUUUGACCCCAGUUGAUUUGAUUAAUGUUCAGCUAUUUGCUCAGAGGGUAAUGGAUCUGGCCGAGUACAGGAAGAGUCUUUACGAUUAUCUAGUGACUAAGAUGAAUGACAUUGCACCAAAUUUGGCAUCAUUGAUUGGGGAAGUUGUUGGGGCUCGGUUGAUCUCACAUGCUGGUAGUCUCACGAAUUUGGCAAAGUGCCCCUCUUCAACUCUUCAGAUUCUUGGGGCAGAGAAGGCCCUCUUUAGGGCUCUCAAAACACGGGGAAACACACCUAAGUAUGGUUUAAUUUUCCACUCAUCCUUCAUUGGCCGAGCAUCUGCAAGAAACAAAGGCCGAAUGGCACGGUAUCUUGCAAACAAGUGUUCCAUUGCAUCUCGCAUAGAUUGUUUUGCAGAGAGGGGCACCACUGUUUUUGGGGAGAAACUGCGAGAACAAGUUGAGGAACGACUUGAAUUCUAUGACAAGGGUGUUGCCCCUCGGAAAAACAUUGAUGUGAUGAAGGCUGCAAUUGAAACUACUGAGAGCAAAGAUCUUGAAAUGGAAGACACACAACCUGGUGAAGCUUCCGUAAAGAAAAGCAAGAAAAGAAAAUCAAAAACAGAAGAUGGUGAGGCUAUUGCUGAGGAUAAACCAGCUGCUGCUACGAAUGGAGAUGCUUUGGAGGAUGCUAAAUCAGAGAAGAAAAGGAAAAAGAAAGAGAAAAGAAAGAUGGAGCAAGAGCAGGUGGAAGAGGAGCAAGCAAAUGGUGUAAAUGGGGAUGUUGCCGAGGAGGACGGAACAGCCAAGAAGAAGAAGAAGAAGAAGAAGAGUAAAGAUGAAGGAGCUGCAAGUGAAGCUAAAAAGAAAAAGAAGAAGUCCCAUGAGUGAAAAUGACGAGUGAAAUUAUCACUGUUUGCUAAAUUUUGUCUGACGCAAGCUAUAAUAGUGUUUUUAAGUACUUUUUAGUUGUAGAAAUGGUCAUAUGUUUUUUUUGCCUUCAUUGUCUCAACUUUUGUCUGGUGAAGGAAUUUAGGUGCCUGCCCAAGAAAUUUGACAAUUUCUUGAAUUUUCAACUUAAUGUAUUAAUCUAAAAUUUGGCCUACUUUUUCGUUGCU